UCGGUGUGUCAAUUGGCCUUUCAUGAUAAAGACGAAUAUAAUUGAGAAAGUCGGUGAAACGUGUGAAGAUCCGAGAGGAGAGCAGAGGGAAGUGAUUCGGGGCGGGAGCGAGCGACCUUCCGCGUCGCGCUAAGCCGGGCGUGGCGGGGCAAUCUCUCGUGUCUGGCGGCGGGCGCGGUGCCGAGCAGGCAGGCAGGGCACACCGGAGUGCGCAGUGGGGCCGAGAGCGCGAGAGCGGCCAGCAGCUGGUGAGUCUCGCGUGCACCUGGGGCUGGCUUGCCAGCUACCUGUAGCUGCGUUGUAGCCAUGGCGGCGGCGACGGAGGGUUUGAACGCCAUGACGACGGUCCCUGCCGACCUGGCGCUGGCAGCGGCCACCGGCAACACCAUAGUCGGGGAGACGGCCGUGCUUAUCUUCAUCCCGGUGACGUGCGUGAUUGGCAUUCUGUUCGCGGUAAUGCAGUGGUCGGUGGUCGGCAAAAUCAGUGUCCGCCCGUCGGGGGGGCCCGCGCUCAACUACCCGUUGAUGGGCGAUGAAGGGCUGGAGGACAGCAGCGUGGUGACGAGGUGCGCGGAAAUUCAAGAAGCGAUAUCGGAGGGCGCGGUGUCGUUCUUGAUGACGGAGUACAAGUACCUGUCAUAUUUCAUGGUGGGCUUCUUCAUCGUCAUUUUCGCGUUCCUCGGCGCCACGGAGAACUUCGGCACCGACAAGAAGCCGUGCGAAUGGGACGAGACGAAGGUGUGUGGGUCGGGACUGAUGAAUGCCUUGCUCAGCGCGGUGGCCUUCGCUCUCGGGGCCAUCACGUCCACUGUGUGUGGCUUCCUAGGAAUGAAAAUCGCCACCUUUGCCAACGCCAGGACGACGCUGGAGGCGAGGAGGGGCGUAGGGCCGGCAUUUAAGGCGGCAUUCCGCUCUGGCGCGGUGAUGGGCUUUCUCUUGACAUCUCUAGGCUUGAUUGUCCUCUACUUCACUAUCUUGGUCUUCCAACAAUACUACGGCGAAGACUGGAUUGGCCUCUAUGAAUCCAUUGCCGGUUACGGCCUCGGCGGUUCGUCCGUCGCUCUUUUCGGUCGUGUGGGCGGCGGUAUCUACACCAAGGCGGCAGAUGUCGGUGCUGACCUCGUGGGAAAGGUGGAGCGCAACAUCCCGGAGGACGACCCAAGGAAUCCUGCCGUUAUUGCGGAUAACGUGGGUGACAAUGUGGGUGACAUUGCCGGUAUGGGCGCUGAUCUUUUCGGUUCGCUGGCAGAGUCCACAUGUGCUGCUCUUGUGGUGUCUUCGCUGUCCGACUUCGGAAAAGAGAUGAAUUACGUGGCCAUGAGCUUCCCUCUGAUGAUCACCGGGGCUGGCAUCUUGGUCUGUCUGCUCACCACGCUUGUGGCGACAGACUUGACUUCCGGUGUGUCUAACAUCAAGGGGAUUGAGCCGGCUCUGAAACAGCAACUAGUCAUCUCAACGGUGCUCAUGACGCCUGUCAUUGCAUUGCUGGCAUGGGGUUGCCUUCCAGAUACGUUCGAGAUCAUCAACGGCGCAGACACCAAGGUCGUGAAAAAAUGGUACAUGUUCUUCUGCGUGGCAUGUGGCCUUUGGGCAGGCCUUCUGAUUGGCUACACCACAGAGUAUUUCACCAGCCACCAGUUCUCACCCGUGAGAGAUGUUGCAGACUCCUGCAGGACGGGGGCUGCCACCAACGUCAUCUUCGGCCUUGCUCUCGGUUACAAGUCGGUCAUCGUUCCAAUUCUCGCCAUUGCAUUUACGGUGUUCGUGUCUCACACACUUGCGGCCAUGUACGGUAUUGCCUGUGCUGCCCUGGGGAUGCUCAGCACCCUAUCCACCUGCCUUGCAAUCGAUGCCUACGGGCCAAUCAGUGACAAUGCCGGAGGUAUUGCUGAGAUGGCUGAAAUGGGCCCUGCAAUCAGAGAGAAGACGGAUGCGCUGGAUGCAGCAGGCAACACCACGGCGGCUAUUGGCAAGGGCUUCGCUAUCGGCUCCGCUGCACUUGUGUCGCUUGCUCUGUUUGGUGCCUACAUUAACAGGGCGGGUAUUACCAGUGUGGAUGUGAUCUUGCCCAAGGAGUUCGUGGGUCUCAUUGUGGGUGCCAUGCUUCCCUACUGGUUCUCUGCCAUGACCAUGAAGAGCGUUGGCAAAGCAGCGUUGGCCAUGGUGGAAGAGGUGCGCAGGCAAUUCAACACAAUUGCCGGCCUGAUGCAAGGCACUGUCAAGCCCGACUACAAGAGGUGUGUCGAAAUCUCGACCGAUGCUUCUCUCCGUGAGAUGAUCCCCCCGGGUUGCCUCGUCAUGCUUACGCCGCUCAUCGUCGGAGCACUUCUCGGCAAAGAAACUCUGGCUGGAAUCUUGGCGGGAGCUCUCGUUUCGGGUGUGCAAAUUGCCAUUUCUGCGUCCAACACCGGUGGAGCCUGGGACAAUGCAAAGAAGUACAUCGAGGCCGGUGGCAACGAUCACGCGAGGUCGCUUGGUCCCAAGGGGUCGGACUGCCACAAAGCAGCUGUCAUUGGCGACACUGUGGGUGAUCCUCUCAAGGACACAUCUGGACCGUCCCUCAACAUUCUUAUCAAGCUCAUGGCUGUCGAAUCGCUCGUGUUUGCGCCUUUCUUCAAGACCUAUGGUGGACUUCUCUUUGUAUUGUGGGAUAAGUUCGUCGAGGGGAAGUAGGCACGUGUUGGAAUUUCUAGUUGUAGGCUCAGCCCCCAUGUGCUGCUGGUCUUUUCUGGCAGUACGUACGCAUCUCCGAGCAAUCGGAAGCUUAGGGCUGAAAAGAUGAUGGAAAAUGAAGAAGACAUCUCCAACCCAGAUUAGACAGAUCGCUGUCCAUUUUUCCGUACCUGCUUGGGAAGGAAUGGGAGCAAUUGAUUUGAAAUAUCAAUGGGGUGAGGAAGUGAAAAAAGAAAAAAAAGAAAAAAAAAGGGGGUACAUACUUCAAAAGAGUAAGGAGGUACUGAGCAAGGGGUGUGUGCUGAUUCUUCUCUCACGCUGUCUUUUUGUUUGUUCAUUCUAAUAUUCACUAAGCAUAGCAUAGUCAAUAAGCAACCAGUGUUUCUGUGCUUACAAAAGGACUC